AUGGCUUCGGCGGCGGCGGCGACUCAAGUGGGCACUUACUUCCUCCGCAACUACUACAAUCUGUUGCAGCAGAACCCCGAUGUCGUCCACCAGUUCUACAGCGAAGCAAGCACCAUGGUCCGCGUCGACGACCUCAACGGGACCAACACCACUGCUAACUCAAUGAUGGAUAUACACUCCCUUAUCAUGUCCCUCAAUUUCACCCAAAUCGAGAUAAAAACUGCCAACUUUGCCAACUCAUGGGGAGAUGGGGUGCUAGUGAUGGUCUCUGGUCUUGUACAGACCAAAGAGUACAGCAACCAAAGGAAAUUUAUCCAGAUGUUUUUCCUUGCGCCUCAGGAGAAAGGUUAUUUUGUGCUCAAUGAUUAUUUCCACUUUGUUGACCAAGAACAAGUGCAACCUGCACAGGUGAGAGCUCACGAAGCCUUUGAGACUAACAUGGCAUCCAACACAGUCCAAACAAGUGCAGAGUACAUUCAUGAAGAAAGUCGAACAAUGCAAGCUGUUCCAGUAACAUCUGAAGAAAAUGAUGCUGUUGACAGUUACACUUACUCUGAGCCACCACUGCAAGUAGUUUCUCAGUCGGACAACUGGGGAGAUGAAUCUCUUCAAGAGGAAGCACUUUCUUCCUUCUCGAAUGGAAUGGCGAUGGCACCAGAGGAGCCAGCACAACCUCCGCCUGUGCAGCCUCAUGUUGAGGAACCUGUUGGGGAGCCCGUAAAGAAGACAUAUGCUUCUAUUCUAAGAACCGCAAAAGCCCCACCUCCGUUCCCUUUUGCUCAAUCAGUGCCUGUGAAUAAACCUCACCCUACAACAGAAGCAAGCCAGGCAACUCUAGGGACUUCAUCGGUGGCAGCAGAUAAGCCAAAAUCUGACUUCUACGCAGAAGGCCAUGAUGAAGAAGAGAGCAAAUCUGUUUAUGUUGGGAAUGUGCCGCAAAAUGUAACUGAGGCUGAUCUUGAGAAUGAGUUCAAGAAGUUUGGCCAGCUCAUCCCUGAUGGUGUUGCUAUCAGAAGCCGAAAGGAGACUGGUGGCUACUAUGCUUUUGUGGAAUUCGAGGAACUGAGUGGCGUUCACAAUGCAUUGAGGGCUUCACCACUUGAAAUAAAUGGGCGGCAGAUAUAUGUCGAGGAGCGGAAGCCUAACAGUGGAAUAAGGGGAGGAAGAAGGGGGGGAGGCAGAGGUCGCUUUGGCGGCAGUGGCAGAGGAUAUGCGAGAGGUGACGAGUACAGCGGUAGCCGUGGAAAGUCGAAUGGUUAUCAGCGUGUCCCUCACCACGAGAGGGGCAUUUUGGGGGCAAGGAACUGA